AUGGUCGGGCCUCUCAAGAAAGCCCCUUGUGGUUUCACUCACCUGCUCGUCACGGUGGACAAGUUCACCAAGUCGAUUGAGGCGAAACCCAUCACCAAAACUAAUUCCCAAGAGAUCGUCAAGUUCUUCCUGGACACUGUCUACCGAUUUGGUGUGUCAAACACCAUCAUCACAAACAACGAGACCAACUUCCUAGGCAAGAAGUUCUUGGAGUUCUCCGACGGAUAUGGGAUCAGGAUCGACUGGGUGGACAAGAUCACCAAAUCGAUUGAGGCGAAACCCAUCACCAAAAUCAAUCCCCAAGAGGCCGUCAAGUUCUUCCUAGACACCGUCUACCAAUUUGCUAUGUCAAACACCAUCAUCAUAGACAACGGGACCAACUUCCCAGGCAAGAAGUUUUUGGAGUUUGCUGACGGAUAUGGGAUCAGAAUCGGCUGGGAUUCGGUUGGACACCCUCACACCAAUGGGCAGGUAGAGAGGGCGAAUGGCAUGGUCCUCCAAGGACUCAAGCCUCGUAUCUUCGACCAGCUCAACAAGUUUGCCGGGCGGUGGGUCCAGGAGCUCCUAGCCGUCCACUUGAGCCUAUGGACAACUCCCAUUUGGUCCAUGGGGUUCACCCCAUUCUUUCUAACAUACGGGGCAGAAGCAAUGCUUCCCUCCGACCUAGACUAUGGCGCCCCUAGGGUCAAAGCCUUUGACCCCGACCGAGCCGUGGAGGCUCGGCAGGACGCGAUCGACUUAUUGGAGGAGGCCUGGGAGAUAGCCUUGAUCCGCUCUGCUCGCUACCAGCAAACUCUUUGCAGGUACCACGAGAGGAAGAUCCGGGGAAGAACCCUCGAAGUCAAUGACUUGGUGCUGCGGGGGGCGCAGUCGACCAAGGACAAGCACAAGCUCACUCUGCCCUGGGAAGGAUCGUACAUGAUCGCGGAGGUGGUCCGGCCAGGAACCUACCGACUGAAGGAUAGCGAUGGCAACGUCCUGACCAACACUUGGAACAUUGAGCAGUUACGUUGUUUCUUCCCCUAA